AAAAAAAAAAAAAAAAACCUGUCAGUUUCAGAACAAACAGUGGAAACAUCUGUUGGUCAAAAGGUAGGUACAAGAGGAAGUGGUACUUAGGUGGUCGAUGCUGGCGUUCCGGUUGUUGUGUUCACAAAUGACUCGAUGCCUUUGGAAGUCUGCUGAGCUAGAUCUCAAACCACCUUAACCAGAUUUAACAGUAGUAGUCACUAGGUGGCGCUGUAAGCUACUCCAUAACAGAACGUGCUGCUGCCUACAUCAGAUGUUAUUCAGCAUUUUUCCCCAUCAAAAAGCAAACGCACAGGUUUUUCCUUUCAGCACAGACAUCGUUAUGAAAAGUCAUUAAUGAAUCUUUGUCUCUGUGUCGGUUUUCAGUCAAGUCUUUAGUUUGUAAUUCUCUGUCAGUUCGGCAGCGGCUAGUAAACCACACACUCUGAUUCAGAAACGAUUGCUCCAUCUAACCAGAUUUAUUUAAAUAAUCGCCGUAGUAAACUCAACAUUUUCCGAGGUGUUCAGAAGUAUGAAGAAGCUAAUUGUGCUCGUUUUCUUGUUUUUCGCUGAUGGUGUGUUUGGUUUUGAGACAGAUGGUGUGAAGUCAAUAUCCGUGAUGGAGGGAGAUUCUGUCACUCUACACACUUGUCUUAUUCAAAUACAAAAUUAUGACAUGGUGCUGUGGAAGUUUGAAAACACACUCAUAGCCCAAUUCGACAAAACUUCCCAAACAUUCUUGACAAAGGAUGGUAACGACGGAAGAUUUAGAGAUAGACUGACACUGAACUCUGAAUCUGGAUCUCUGACUAUUAGGAACAUAAGAACCAACCACUCUGGAAUUUACAAAAUGGACAUGAUCAGCACGAGUGGAUCCUCAAACAAGAGAUUCAAUGUGACUGUAAUUGGUGUGUUUGAUCCAGAUGCAGAUAAAAUAAAGCCUGUGUCAGUGAUGGAGGGAGGGUCUGUCACUCUAAAUACUGGUGUUAAAGUACAGAAAGACAAUCUGAUGCUCUGGAAGUUUGGACGAGCCACCAAAGGCUGCGUAUAUAAUCCACUUCAUCAUGUCCCAUGUAAAAGUGAUGUGACUGACAUCGCUAAAAUUGAUGGAGAAACCCGUGAAGUCUCAUUAGAUGCUGGUGACAGUGAGAUGUUUAAUAACAGACUGAAAAUGAGCAAACUGACCGGAUCCCUGACCAUCAUAGAUGCCAGACCUGAGCACUCUGGGUUUUAUAUGCUACAGAUCAGUAAUAACACUGGGACCAAAUACAGGAGAUUCAAUGUUACUGUUAAUGCUGUUACGAAAUCCCACCCACAUGUAGUUUGGAUGUCAAUCGCUAUAGUGCUUUUGUUGAUAGUGGCGGUUUGGUGCUUGGCCACAGGCUUUAAAAACUGGCGCAACAGGAAUGUUUUGUUUAGGAGACUGGGAUCAUAUAAGUGCUGUCAAUCUACAGGGGCGCAGGAACCGGAACUAAUACCAAAAACAGUGAUAGAGGGAGAACCUGUCACUCUCAACACUAAUCGUAAUGAGCUACAGAGAGACGAUGUGGUUGAGUGGAAGUUUGGAGGCAAUGUCAUAGCAAAAAUCAGCAGGACAGCCAAUAAGAUCUGUCAGAAGACUUAUGAUGGUGCUGAUGAGAAGUUCAGAAACAAACUGGUGCUGGACAGUAAGACUGGAUCUCUGACCAUCAGGAACACCAAAACUGUAGAUUCUGGAGAAUAUGAACUACACAUUUCCAUCAGUGGAAUAGGGGAGUUAUACAAAAAAUUCAGUGUUUCUGUCAUUGAUUCCAGUCAAAACAUACCAACAACUGAGUCAGCUGAGUCUCCCUUGAUGAGUAAGGAGAGUUGUAGCAGAUCCAAUAUCGAGUUGGUCUGUCAACAUUGAAAGGAAACAUGUCAUAUAUGCUGUUAUUUGCCUUUAAAAUAUUUAUGAAUGACCAAGAACAGACUAUGUGAGAACCGUUAUGUACUGUAUACAUUAUAUGUGUACCACAAUUGUGUUUCUCUGACUGAUGAAUAUAUUUCUGAGAAUAUACACUAUAUAAAGUGCAAUUGGUAAAUGUGAAUAUUGUGUUUUUGUACAUAUCCUUGAGCUUGUGUGUUUACAGACAUGCUUUUGCUGAAAUAAUCAUUUUAUUUACUUAUGUUUACCACUGUAUUUUUUUUUUAAAUUGAUAUACCUCUUUUGUGAAUGUAUAACUGAAUUAAUUGUAUCUAUAAAUGCACUUCGUAUGACUGUUUGACCAAAUAAUAAUAGAAAACACUACUGCUUUUGCACUGCUAUUAUGAAACACUCAAAAUACAGCACUGAUGCUCUAUUCUUUGAACAUUUGCUGCUCAGUAAAUAACUGUAGAGGAGAAAAUGGCAUUAAUUUUAAAUUUACAUUUGUGAUUUGGUGCUUUGUGUCUUCUUUUUUUUUAGUUGAAAAUAUAUAUUUAUCAUAACUCUAAAAACAUAAAUUCAAUCUUGACUAUUUUUAGUUUUGGUGUUUUCUGUCAGUUUGUCAUGUGAUCAGAUCUGAUUAUGAAAUCUUAAACGUGAUCUGGAUUAAAUAUACUCUUGAAACUGAUUUGUUGCUGGUUUAUAUGCUCUUAAUGGAAAUGCUGGUUUUGUUUUUACUUUAACUGCUUUUAAAUCUACAAAAUAUGUAAAUGAGAAUUAUGAUAAAAAUAAAAAGUUAGCUGACUUUACAAAUGA